AUGGCGACCUCCUCGCAGACGGCCGGCGACUCGGACAAGCCAUCCCUGUCGCUGCCUCCGCUCGAUCACCCAGACGAGUCCACGAGCCGCCGGGAUAAUACUGCAAAGAUGCUCUCCCCCACGCUCAGCGGCGAGGCCGUCGAAGUCAAGGAGUCGGAGGCGGUCGCCGAAGAGAUCAAAAAGGAAGAAGGCCAAGAAGGCCAAGAAGUCCUCGACGAGGUCAUGAGGAUCAAGGCCAUCCUGAUAAUUCCCAACCAGCGCGAGGACGACCUGUUCGAUUCAUUGAGCAUCCUGCAGCAAACGAAGAUCACCGUCGAUGUCCUCCAGGCGACGAUGAUCGGAAAAGCUGUGAAUUCUCUGCGCAAGCACACGUCGAAGAAGAUUCGCCGCUUCGUUCGAACUCUCGUCUCAGGCUGGAUAGCCUUAGUCGAUGAAUGGCUUGCACUGAAUCCUUCCGCCAGUGUUGAGAUAGAGGAGGGAGCUUCAUCGGCUGCACCGACUCCCUCGGCCAGAGGAGCUGCUGUUGCCGAAGAGGAAGCAGAGCCACAGAGAACAUCGACAGAGCAAGCAGAGCCAGUUCUUGCUCAACCUGAUCUCCAGCCUGGUCUGGAUGAAGAGUGCCAGAUGGGACUGUACAACCCUACUCGAGGGGUCGAGAAGCCAAGUGUGGUCGAUGGGUUGAAGUGUGCUGAGCAAAUUGAAUAG